UUAAAUAUCAGUUUCUUCAGCUCUGCAUUUUACUCAAACUUGAAACUUUUUUUUAUAACAAAUAACUUUUUCCAAGUUAUUGAAGUUUACUAUAUAAAAAACCAAAAAAAUGGCUCUCCAAGCUACAUCUUUGCUUCCUUCUGCUUUUUCCAUCCCUAAAGAGGGAAAAUCAAAUGCUUCCCUUAAGGACUCAAGCUUGUUUGGUGUCUCUCUUUCGGACUACGUUAAAGCUGACUUUACCUCAUCUGCUUUGAGGUGCAAGAGAGAAUGCAAUGCAACAAGAUCAACAGUUGGACCAAUCAGAGCACAAACCUCAGCAGUAGCAACACCAGGAGUGACGCGAUCAACAUCAGAGCAAAAGAAAACACUAAGAAAGGGCAGUGUCAUAGUCACCGGUGCAUCAUCUGGUCUAGGACUCGCAUCAGCGAAGGCACUAGCCGAGACAGGCAAAUGGCAUGUAAUCAUGGCGUGCAGGGACUUCCUUAAGGCAGAAAGGGCAGCUAAAUCUGCUGGAAUGGCAAAGGAGAACUACACCAUAAUGCACCUUGAUCUGGCUUCCCUUGAUAGUGUGAGGCAGUUUGUGAACAACUUUAGGCAAUCAGGAAGGCCCCUUGAUGUUUUAGUUUGCAAUGCUGCUGUUUACCAACCUACUGCCCGGGAACCUUCUUUCAGUGCUGAAGGGUUUGAGCUUAGUGUUGGGACUAAUCAUCUUGGUCAUUUCUUGCUCUCGAGGUUGUUGCUUGAGGACUUGAACAAGUCGGAUUAUCCUUCCAAAAGGCUCAUCAUAGUUGGAUCUAUAACAGGUAACACAAAUACAUUGGCUGGAAAUGUGCCUCCAAAGGCCAACCUAGGGGACAUGAGGGGGCUUGCUGGUGGAUUGAAUGGCCUAAACAGCUCGGCUAUGAUAGAUGGUGGAGAUUUUGAUGGUGCCAAGGCAUACAAAGACAGCAAAGUCUGCAACAUGCUCUGCAUGCAGGAAUUCCACCGCCGUUACCAUGAAGAGACUGGCAUCACCUUUGCGUCUCUAUAUCCCGGCUGUAUUGCGACAACAGGCUUGUUCAGGGAACACAUCCCCUUGUUCAGAAUUCUUUUCCCUCCCUUCCAAAAGUUCGUCACCAAGGGCUUUGUCUCUGAAGAUGAAGCUGGAAAAAGACUUGCCCAGGUUGUGAGUGACCCAAGUUUGACAAAAUCAGGAGUAUACUGGAGCUGGAACAAGGCAUCGGCGUCAUUCGAAAAUCAGCUGUCUCAAGAAGCCAGUGAUCCUGCAAAGGCUAAGAAAGUCUGGGAGAUCAGUGAGAAACUAGUUGGUUUGGCUUAGUAAGUUAUGCAGAUGUCACAUGUGCUCUGCUAACUUUGUGCAAACGGGAGAGGUCUUGGCAUCCAAAUUUUAGGAAUUUCAGAUAGGAGUGGAAGAAUUGAGAUUCUGAGUAUUUUGUAAGGAAACUUUUGCUUUGUAAGUAGUUCACUUGAUUGUGAUUCAUAAUAAAACCUACUAAUCCCCUUUGGCAAA